UCAAAAAUUGUUCUGUUUCCUUGCAGGUUAUGGUUGCUGUUGCUAUAUUGAUACAGAAUAUUGGAGCAAUGUCAUCUUACUUGUUCAUCAUAAAAUCCGAAUUCCCUGCUGUAAUUUCUGGUUUCCUACACAACAGUCACAAUGGGACACCAUGGUAUCUUAAUGGACAAAUCCUCCUCAUCAUUAUCGUUAUUUGUGUCGUUCUCCCUCUUGCUCUUCUUCGUAAAAUAGAGUUUCUUGGUUACACAAGUGGCUUGUCCAUAUUGUUCAUGGUCUAUUUUACUGCAGUGGUCAUAGUUAAAAAGUGGUACAUUCCUUGCCCAUUGUUCAAUGGCACUGUAGGUUAUGUUAAGAAUAUCAGUUCCGAUGAGUGUACACCAAAGUUUCUGCAAAUUUCAUAUAAGAGUGCUUAUGCAAUUCCAACCAUGGCAUUUUCAUUUCUGUGUCACACAUCUGUGUUGCCCAUUUACUGUGAACUCCAAAGGCCUUCAAAAAGCAAGAUGCAAAAAGUAGUUAACAUUGGAAUAACUCUGAGUUUCACAGUCUACAUGCUGUCAGCCUUGUUUGGUUACCUAACCUUUUACGGCAAAGUGGACUCUCAGUUACUGCAUACCUACAGUCAGUAUCUGCAACAUGACACUAUCAUCAUGUCUGUUAGAUUAUGUUUGCUCUUCUCUGUGCUCCUGACGGUACCUCUACUGAAUUUUCCGGCAAGGAAAUCCUUAACGCUGUUGUGCUUUUCUAACCUCCGCUUCUCGUGGUUCCGUCAUAUCAUUGUCACUCUUGGUAUUCAGAUACUGAUUGUGCUGCUGGCAAUGUAUGUUUCAAGUAUACAAAAUAUCUUUGGCGUGGUUGGUUCCACUACCUCAUCUGCUUUAUUAUUUAUCUACCCUGGACUCUUUUACUUACAAAUAAGCAGAGAACCGUUAAAAUCCUUAAAGAAGCUUGGGGUGAGUUUUGCAGUAAAACUACAGCUGGCUUUCAGUUACCUUGGCUGUCAUUAAUCUUAACACUUUAAUAACUUAGUUGUAAAUCACUCUUCCUCCAUCAGUAGAAUGGAGUGAGGAUAAUUUGUCAAAAUGCUGUCUGUAUCCUCGAAUGUCACUUCAUUAAUUUAAAAAUGUUUUCGAUCUUUAACCAGUCGUAUAACGGUUCUCUCUUGUCACAGCCACUUGCUCCUUUUCAGAAUAAAUGGACGUGGUCAGAAUCAGCCAGAUUAUCUCACUUAGUUGAUUGCCAUGUUUGCCUACAUAGCUCAUGUUCCCUAAGUACCAAAACACGAAUAACAGAUUGAAACCAGCAUCGCCAUGUGGAAUGCUUUAAAGACACUUGCCCUUUCAAUCUGUUACUUCAUUCUCCUUCCCAUCAUUUCCACCAGUUAACUGAGUAACAGUCGCAGUGUGAGAGAAGUGAUAUUAAACAGUGCCAUCUCUCUCCUGCCAGUAUAUAGAAAGGCGGUGGUACAUCUCCUGAAGCAGAGGGUGUCAGUUUUCUCCAAAACUCAGAGUGACACCACGCAGAUGUGUAGGAAAGAACUGCAGGUGCUGGUUUCAAUUGAAG